AUGGCUGGCACAAGAAAUUAUGACUUUCUGAUCAAGUUGUUGUUGAUCGGGGACUCCGGCGUGGGGAAGUCAUGCUGCCUUCUGCGAUUCAGUGAGGAUUCGUUCACACCCUCAUUCAUCACUACGAUUGGAAUCGACUUUAAGAUUCGCACAAUUGAACUGGACGGCAAACGCGUGAAGCUUCAAAUAUGGGAUACCGCAGGUCAGGAGCGAUUUCGAACUAUCACAACAGCGUAUUACAGAGGCGCCAUGGGAAUUCUUCUUGUAUAUGAUGUCACGGAUGAACGCUCAUUCCAAAAUAUACGUACAUGGUUCUCGAAUGUUGAGCAACAUGCGAGUGAAGGGGUACACAAAAUCCUCAUUGGUAACAAGUGCGACUGGGAGGAGAAACGAGCCGUCUCCACAGAACAAGGCCAACAACUCGCUGAUGAGCUAGGCAUCCCAUUCCUUGAGGUGUCUGCCAAGAACAACAUCAACAUCGAGAAAGCAUUCUACAGUCUCGCCUCUGCCAUCAAAAAGGGCAUGGAUACAUCGAAAUCUGAACAAGUGGGGUCACAGGGGGUCAAUAUAGACCAUCAUGGAUCGGGGACGUCUGGGAGUACUGGCGGUAAAUGUUGUUAG